UGCCUCAGCACGUGUGGAGGAUAAACCUGGACACCCCCGAGGAGGCUCAGCAGAACCUCUCCUUCGGUGCUGCGGAUCGCUGGUGGGAGCAGACAGACCUGACCAAGCUGAUCCUCGCCUCCAACAAGCUGCAGUGCCUGUCCCAGGAUGUGCAGCUCCUGCCUGCCCUCGCCGUGCUGGACGUUCAUGACAAUCAGCUGACAUCGCUCCCUCCUGCUUUAGGACAAUUAGAAAAUCUCCAGAAACUUGAUGUCAGCCACAACCAGCUGGGAAGCAUCCCAGAGGAGCUGAUGCAUUUGCCACGUUUGAAGAGCCUUCUCCUCCAGCACAAUCAGCUGAGCCACUUGCCAGAGGGGUUUGGACAGCUUGUCAGUUUGGAAGAAUUGGAUCUGUCCAACAACCAUCUCACAGACAUCCCAACAAGUUUUGCUUUGCUCAUUAACUUGGUGCGACUCAAUUUGGCUUGUAAUCAACUCAAGAACCUGCCAGCAGAGAUCAGCGCGAUGAAAAGCUUAAGACAACUGGAUUGUACUAAAAACUACCUGGAAACAGUGCCUUCUAAACUGGCAGCUAUGGCAUCUUUGGAACAGCUUUAUCUGAGGAAAAACAAACUGCAUUCCCUGCCAGAAUUCCCCUCAUGCCAAUUCUUGAAGGAAUUACAUGCUGGGGAAAAUCAGAUUGAAACACUCAAGGCAGAGGAUCUGAAGCAUCUGCGUUCCCUCUCUGUGCUGGAGCUCCGAGACAACAAGAUAAAAUCAGUCCCUGAUGAAAUCACUCUGCUGCAGAAGCUGGAGCGCCUCGACCUCGCCAACAACGACAUCAGCAGACUGCCUUACACCUUGGGGAACCUUCCUCAGCUGAAGUUCCUGGCACUGGAGGGAAAUCCCUUGAGAACCAUUCGGAGAGACCUCCUGCAAAAAGGCACCCAGGAGCUUCUGAAGUAUCUGAGAAGCAAAAUCCAAGAUGAUGUCCCAAAGGAGGAGCCUCCUGUGACAGCCAUGACUCUGCCCAGCCAGGCCAAGAUCAACCUGCACGCCAUAACUUCACUCAAACUGUUGGACUAUAGUGAGAAGCAGGCAGCUGAGAUCCCUGAGGAGCUGUUCAGUGCAGCCAGAAGCA